CAAAGUUUAUUUUAUGGUUUCUCUGAACUUGCUGCUUGGAAAGAAAAUUUUCAGAGUAGUGUCUUCAUUCUUCCUUAAUAUCCUUCCAUUUAGGAAAAGGUCUGAACACUUCCAUUAUUACUGGAAUGGUCUGUGUAGACCAGACAGGCCUUGAAUUCACAGACAUCCUCCUGCCUCGGCCUCUUCUGUGCUGGGAUUAAAGGUAAAUGUGGGCCCAGCAGCCAUUCCUCAUUUUAUAGGUAAGGGAGCCUGGAGGAGCCUGGGGCAGAGCAGAGUUACAAACUGCAGCCUGCUUCUCAGGUGUGCAUGUUUAGUAAGGAUUUAGUGUGUGUGUGUGUGUGUGUGUGUGUGUGUGUGUGUGUGUGUGUGUGUGUGUGUGAGAGAGAGAGAGAGAGAGACAGAGAGACAGAGAGACAGACAGAGACACAGAGGGAGACCAUUUGUCAUCCUUCUACUACAUGCAGCCAGUGUGCUGAGAAGCAAGCCAAGUUGCACAACAUGAGGAUAAACUGCAUUACCUCUUACUCACCUUCCUGUUGGCUGACUGUGCACCAGACUCUACUUCCUUCCUGUGUCGCUUGCCUGAGGUCUCUCCUUCCUGAGCAGACAUAACAUGAAGGAAUGAAUGCCUUUUCUCAUCAGACCUCAACCCUCCCUCCUGGUGAGAUUCAAGUCACCUGUGAUUGGUGAAACCAGUUGGAAUUCUGUUCUACCCACCCAGGCCCUCUCUUCUGCGCAUCCCCUGGGGACUGCUUCAUCUUUCCUGCAAACUGUGUGUGCAGCAAAGGCAGCUUCACUCUCUGCUGGUGUUCAUGGCUCUGCCUUUCAGGGAUUGUGCCGAGCAUGGAAUCCAUUUUGAAAGAAGAUUCUGGAGAAACUGCCCAUUUUCCAAGGCAGCGGGAUGGAAGCUGCAUGUUCCUACAUGGGCUGACAUCGGCUGUUGGAAAGCCUGCUGGGACAUGUCAUCGCUGGAUGCCUGGUGCUUGAUAGGAACUUGGCAGCACAAUAUUCCCUCUGAGCAAGUACAGGAUGUCACCAGGAGUCAGAGCCUCAACAGAUUCAGGCUUCCUGUGAUUCUAAACGUGAUAUCUUGUCCCGCUGUUAAACUGGCAUCUCACCUGGCCACAUCAGGACACUGGAGGAAACAUCAUUGGCAUUCAAGGCCUAGAAGUUUGUCCCACCACACCAGGAAGCCUCUGAAUGUUCUUUGAAAUGCUGAGAAACUUGUUUCGGAGGAGACUUUUCUCUUGUCCUACAAAAUACUACUUUAUGCUCCUUGUCCUCUCUUUAAUUACCUUCUCUGUUUUAAGAAUUCAUCAGAAGCCUGAAUUUUUCAGUGUCAGACACUUGGAGCUGGCUGGAGAUGAUCCUUACAGCAAUGUUAAUUGCACCAAGAUUUUACAGGGUGACCCAGAAGAAAUCCAGAAGGUGAAGCUUGAGAUACUAACAGUGCAAUUCAAGAAGCGCCCGAGGCGGACACCCCAUGACUAUAUAAACAUGACCCGUGACUGUGCCUCUUUCAUCAGGACACGCAAAUAUAUUGUGGAGCCCCUUACUAAAGAAGAGGUAGGCUUUCCAAUUGCAUAUUCCAUUGUGGUUCAUCAUAAGAUUGAAAUGCUUGACAGGCUCCUGAGGGCCAUCUAUAUGCCUCAGAAUUUCUACUGCAUUCACGUGGACAGAAAAGCAGAGGAAUCCUUUUUAGCCGCGGUGCAGGGCAUCGCAUCCUGCUUUGAUAAUGUCUUUGUGGCCAGCCAGUUGGAGAGUGUUGUUUAUGCGUCCUGGAGUCGGGUUAAGGCAGACCUCAACUGCAUGAAGGACCUGUACAGAAUGAAUGCAAACUGGAAGUACUUGAUCAAUCUCUGUGGUAUGGAUUUCCCUAUUAAAACCAACCUGGAAAUUGUCAGGAAGCUCAAGUGCUCCACAGGGGAAAACAACCUGGAAACUGAGAAGAUGCCUCCCAACAAGGAAGAGAGAUGGAAAAAAAGAUACACCGUUGUCGAUGGGAAGCUGACCAACACUGGAAUAGUCAAAGCACCGCCCCCACUGAAAACUCCUCUCUUUUCAGGCAGUGCCUACUUCGUGGUCACUAGGGAAUAUGUAGGCUACGUGCUGGAAAAUGAAAAUAUUCAAAAGUUGAUGGAAUGGGCACAGGACACAUACAGCCCAGAUGAGUUCCUCUGGGCCACCAUCCAAAGGAUCCCAGAAGUCCCUGGUUCUUUCCCCUCAAGCAACAAGUAUGACUUGUCAGACAUGAAUGCCAUUGCUAGGUUUGUCAAGUGGCAGUACUUCGAAGGCCAUGUUUCCAACGGUGCCCCUUAUCCACCGUGCAGUGGAGUCCACGUGCGCUCUGUGUGCGUCUUCGGAGCUGGUGACUUGAGCUGGAUGCUGCGCCAACACCACCUUUUUGCCAAUAAGUUUGACAUGGAUGUCGACCCCUUUGCCAUCCAGUGUUUGGAUGAACAUCUGAGGCAUAAAGCCCUGGAGAACUUAGAACACUAAGCGCUGCUGGCAGCCCUGGGGAAGAUAAGGUUGCUCAAACUGUACUCUCAUCUACUUCCCAUCUCUCCUAUGGGGUCCUCCUUGGGGUGAUGACUUUAAAGUCUUCCUGUCAGGGAAACUGCAUGAAUCCUACAGAAUAUAGUUACAGGAGAGGCUGAUACCUUAAGUGUUCUAGAGGAAAUGUGAGGACUGAGUUAGGAUGGCUGGAGGCUGGGAAGACUUGAUGGACAGAGGGAACCCAGGUGAUUGGGAAAGAGGCCAGUGAAAAAUGUCAGCCUCGAGAACUAAUCAGAGAAUCCAGGUACUUAAUCUAAAUGAGAUUUGAUUUAUGCCAAAAGUCUCUUGAAGAUUUAAAACACGAUAAUUUUCUUGACAUGAAUAAAUUUGUAGUAGCAACCAAUCACAAAGAUAUGAUUCACCUUGUAUGUUUUUUGGAAUAGACCUUCGGUUUUACUCUAAGUUAUCCUUGUAAAUAAUUUCCUUCCUGCUGUGAUUUUGGGUAGUGAGUCUCCACGCGUCAUCUCAGGGAGCUUAAAAUAUGUUUGGCACGAAUGGCUCUGUCUUCAUUUUUGCUUAUAAGUACACAUACAUGUUUUUAAAAGCAAAUAUCGGUUUCUAGUUCACCGAUAUCUACGAAUAUUCUUCAGUUAUUUAAAAGGAGCUAGCUGGGUGUGUGGCCCCUGCCUGUGAAGCAGGGGGAUUGUUUAAGCUCAAGUGAUAGUGGCAAGGCUGGGCAAGAUAACAAGAACUCUUCUCUUUAAAAAGGAGAAGAGAAUCAACUAAAUUUUACAGAUACGCAUUUGUUCUUUAUCUUGUCUUCCCAAACUGUUCGUACUGUCACGCUGCACACGUUUUACUGCUUGAGGAUCCUACAUCUGUGUUUUAGGUCUUUGAUGUGACCUAGGCACCUGUAACUAGUGCAGAAAACUAGGGAGGAUGAAGUAGGCAUCCAAGGGAAGAAGGGAAUCUACUAAGGCCGUUGCUAAGCCCCUGGCACAAGUUUAAGGCUAGUAAUUGGCUCGGUCCCAAGAAAUGAUCCAAUUGUGUCUCAGGUGGUGGCAUUCUGGCCUUGAGUAUUCAUGUUAUCUGCUCACUGGAUUUUCUUAACCUGCUAGCUGCUAGUUCCUUCCUCUCUUGUGGCCUUGAUGAGGGGGAAAGAAGUAGAGAAGUACACAUGUGUCCUCAUGAAGUGUUUGAAAAGAGCUGUGGCAUUACAGUGUAUUUUCACCAAAAGGCAAACUGUCUAGGGUUUCUUCAGUUCUGUCUCUCCUCUCCAAUGCAGGGGAUUGGUUUCUUUGUUUUCUCUUAGUAUUAUUUAGCUAAAUCUAAACUGUUCAUCCAGAAUUCUAGUGAAUGUGAAGACUUGCCAUUUGAUUUUAAAUAAGAAUCGUUACCAUGUACCUUUAUUUUUAAAACAUAGCUAACUUUAAUAAUACACACACACACAAAAUCAUAAUAUCAGACAGUUUUAAGACAUUCAAAGACGGAAGUAUGUUUUCUGUCUCAAAGCUAUAAAAUAUUUUUUCUAGUGACAAGUCUUAUUAGAAAAGCUGAGAAUCAGUAGACGAGCUGGGGUUUGUUUUGGACCAAUAGAAAUGUGUUGGCCAUGGGCCACCAGCAAUGAUGGUGAUGCAGCUGAUACCCUCUAUACUGGCUUCUGAUUUCUUUCUUUUGUCCAGUGGAUUUGUCCAAUGGUUCUUUUAGUAGAAAGGCUUUUACUUAUGAGACAGGGCAUCUUUUAAAUCUAAAACCAGUGGUUCCUGGUGACAUAGCAUUUGUGUAAACCGCUGUGACCUAAGCAGUUUUUCUUUUUCUUUUUCCAUCUUGCAAAACACACGGCUAAGGCAGUAGUCUAGGGAUCCAGCAAGCAGGAACCCCAGCCUGGGGUCACCGGUGGUCAACAUAUCUGUCCCAGUUUGCUUUAUACUGGAGGAACGCUUGAACUUUGCAAAACUGGAAAUUAAUUUUUUCUAACUACAAGUACUUUUUUUUUUAAUCAACUGUUUGAUGUUAUUCAUCUUAAACACUCUUGUUGUAGUGGGGCUCCAUUUCAGUUAAAUGGCAAGUUUGAGGAUUUUUUAUUUUUAUUUUUUAUUAUUUUUUUUCUUUUGCCCCACUAUAGGAGUAAAACUAGGCUCUAGGAUUCCAGAGCCUCGAGUCAAUGCUGUGAAGCCCCAUGCUUUGUGUUACCUCACCUUCGCACCAUUGCACUUGUUGAACCAUGUCUGAUGCUGUAGUGGCCCAGUGCCUGACACAGGGCUUGUACAGUGUCUGUUUACCGUGUCUCACUGGAUUUUAUUUUUAGAGUUUUUCAAUAUGACUUAAAACAAGAGAAAUUCACACAGUGGGAUAAAUAAUUCAAAAAACUAAAAAGGGAACCUGGAAAUGAAACCUUCAGACACUCGAGAAGAGUACAGUUCCAGUUCACGUGGAGAGAGGCAGGCUUUGUUUAUGUUGGAGUCAUGUUUGUUAAUAAACACUAAUUUUAAUGCUAUCAUUGAGGUCUUUUAUAGAAAAUUUUUAGUAAUCACAUUCACAAAUAAAACAGGAUUCUAGUUCUUAAGUAAAUCAAGAUUAUAUGUAUCAUUUCUUAGAAAUAAGUUAAUUUAAAAAGGUUAUUUUUAAUAGGCAAUUGGCCUAGGUUUUUCCGAAGCUGAGGUUUAAAAAACAAAACAAAACAACAGUUUCACCUUGAAUCGGGGAACAUUAAUAUUUCUAAACAUGUGUUUGUGUCACGUAUCGAGUAGAGUUCAUUUUAAGAGACUUGAUUUCCCCUUCCCAUGAUUUUUGGUUGGUAGAGGCUACGUGGGGUAGAUGGGAUUGGAUGUUUUCAGUUGUUUAAAUCAUUGUCAUUAAGUAUAAAAUGCAAAAUUAUUUAUGUUUUUGAAUGAAUCAUUCAUGUCACAAAUAAAAUCAGUCAUUGAGAAACCAA